AUGAGUAUGGAUAUUCCUGGCGUGUUCAAUUUCUUUAAAGGGCAUCCAUCAUUCAGGUUAUUACCAAAUAGAGCUGUUAUCGCUGCUACAACAAAACUAUUAGACCCAGAAUUCAGGGAUUAUGAUGACGAUACGAAUAAUAGGCAUCCUUUAACGUAUGGGUCUGAUGAAGGUGCGUAUUGGGUUCGUGAUGCAAUCACCACGUUCAACAAUGAUCAAACAUUCCGAUUUCAGAAGGACGACAGAGGACGAUCGAAACCCGAGUUUUUAAAUCUUGAUUCAGGAGCGUCUUAUGGUGUGCUGAGUAUACUGUUGCAAACUACGUUACCACAUACUGGCUAUACAAAACAAGCAUUUGUCGUCACACCGACCUACUUUUUGAUCAACAGUUGUUUUAUCGAUGCAGGGUUCUCCGGCAAGAUAACAGCCAUUGACGAGAUUGGUAACGGAGAGAUCAAUAUCGACCUAUUAGAGAGAAAAUUGGAACAAUUUGAGAAGGAUCCAAAGGACUCUCAGGGAGAAGAAGCUUUAAAACCGAUCAUGAAUCCCCUCAGAAAAGGUCAGAAGAAAAUAUAUAAGUACGUGAUGUAUUGUAUCCCCACCUUUUCCAAUCCUUCUGGAUCCUCAUAUUCGGAGGAGACAAAGCUGAAAUUGAUUGAUAUCGCCCGUAAGUAUGAUAUGCUGAUUAUUACAGAUGACGUGUACGAUAUGUUGACAUUCGAGGAACCGUUUGAUGAGCUACCCAAGCCUCUCAUCCGAUUUGUCCAGUUAGAUAGAAGAAGUAACGAGGAUCCCGAGAGCUAUGGUAAUACGGUGUCUAAUGCGACGUUUUCGAAACUGAUUGCACCGGGGCUUAGAUUUGGCUAUCACGAAACAGUUACAGACAAACUAGCAGCCCAGUUGUCUCAUGGGGGUGCAAACACGUCUGGUGGAACUCCGUCACAACUGAACUCUAUGAUUGUCGGUACUAUGUUACUUAAUGGAUCUGCUGCUAAAGUCCUCUCCAGAUUCAGGGAAGAAUUUGCGAACAGAGCAGAAGCACUAUAUGAAUCAAUCAAAAAGUUUCUACCGAAGGAGACAAUGUUCGAAAUGCCCAAGGGUGGGUACUUUAGUUGGUUGACAUUACCUGAAGGGUACGAUGCAAGAGAAAUAGGUAAGAUAGCUUACGAAACAUAUGGAAUUAUACUUGCAAAUGGUUCUGACUUUGAAGUCAUAGGUGAUGAGAGAAACUGGGGUGCUAGAAGUAUCAGAAUGUCUAUUAGCUUUCUUGAAGUUGAUGCCAUAAGUAGUGGUAUCGAGUUAUUAGGCAAGGUCUGUCAAGAGUAUGCGAGUAAAAAGGGGAUUGAAUUUUAA